CCAUGUUUGCGUCCAGUAUGUUUGCAGCGAACAGUGAAAUAGUUUGAUCCCAUCAUUGUUUGCUAAAUGCUAACUCUGCCAUAUUCUCCCUUUCUCAGCAAUCUGUCGAAUGACUACAGUGGAUCUGGAGACUGCAGAUUCUGACGAUUCUCAGACCGAGGAAGGUCCAGCUGAGGAGACAGAGAAAUCCGUUGGGCAUUUGCGGGAGGAGGCUUUGCAACGCAAGCAGCGUCUGCUUCAGCUCCGAAAACGCAAAUUCAGGAAACUAGGUGACACUGGGGUUGAAGACGCUGAAUCCGAGUUACCAAAACCGGUCUUCAGAAACUACAAACCUCAGUCGGGUGAUCUAAAAUCUGGCGAACUUCCUGCAGCCCCGCCUGUUGAUUUGACUCCCUAUGUGACUUCACAGUUGGAAGCAGCAAAUGCUCCAGUCAUUAUGGAGGAGGUGAAUUUGAUGAGCCUCGCUCCUCGCAAACCUGACUGGGAUCUCAAACGUGGCGUGGAUAAAAAGUUACAAAAGCUGGAACGACGAACUCAGCGUGCCAUUGCAGAACUCAUCCGUGAGAGACUACAUAACUCAGAAUCAGACCUGGCAUCCCGUGUCAACCAACAACCCGCACCGUUUGCGUGAUGGAGACUACCUGAUGAGAUUAUGAGGCGCCGCUAUGCAUGAUUGUUAACAUGGUCAUCUGACCUUGUAACCUGUACAUAUUUUUUUACAUUUGAAUAUUAUCGGGUUAAACGCCCUUAUUUUGUCAGUCUUGAAUGGUAGGGCUUAAAAAUAAUAACCCGUUCAAGUUCUUGCUUACUGUGAUUUAUGGUGACCCUCUUCAGUUUGCCAAUGAGCUAUCGAU